AUGGCGAUUCACUAUCUUAUUCUGCUGUCCCGUCAGGGGAAGGUGCGGCUUGCAAAGUGGUUCACGACGCUGUCCCCCAAGGACAAGGCCAAGAUCGUCAAGGACGUAUCACAGCUCGUCCUCGCUCGAAGAACACGCAUGUGCAACUUUUUGGAGUACAAGGAAACCAAAAUUGUCUAUCGGCGAUACGCCUCGCUCUUCUUCAUCACAGGAUGCUCCUCCGAGGACAACGAGCUGAUUACACUCGAAAUCAUCCAUCGAUACGUCGAACAGAUGGACAAGUACUACGGCAACGUAUGCGAGCUUGAUAUCAUCUUCUCUUUCACAAAGGCCUACUACAUCCUCGACGAGCUGCUUCUUGCAGGAGAACUGCAGGAGAGCAGUAAGAAGAAUGUGCUGCGCUGCAUUGGACAGCAAGAUUCAUUGGAAGAUAUGGAGUACCUCCCAGUCCAAGAGUUCGAGACCGUAACCGGCGCUCUCAACUUCAACACCCCUGAUUGCAAUGUCACUGGCGGAUGCGAUCUCUACACCACCAAAUCUACCGGGUCCGACAAGAAAUUAUACAAGAGUAUCGACAAAGAUCUCAGUUCACAGCAUGCCGCACUGCUCAAGCUGGGCGCCAGCCUGUCACCGCCCGACCGACAACACAUGCUCGCCACGUCGCGCAGCAUGCAGCUAUUCUCGCACUCGAGCGCAUUCGGUCCUCUGUCUGAGCUUGCUAGCCGACGAACGUUUGCCUAUUUGAUUGCGACGCUCAAUGCGAGCCAUCCUCACUACGACUUUUCCCACGUCUUGCGGCCCGGCGAUUUCAAGCGUGAGAGGAACUUGAGGCGUGUCAUUGCCAACUUGGAUUCAAUAUUGCAAAACGUACGGCCCGGCUUCGAAGGCUCAUCGUACGACUCAUCCGCUGGUAGCGACGCGAACGCACAAUGGGGCCCACAGUGCUGGUCCUUGAUUAACAAGGAGAUGCGUCUUAAUGAGUGCACCGUCUUUAGCUAUCACCCAGAAGUCGACCCCUUUGAAGAAGAUGAAAGCGCCAUUUGGGCCGUCCACUACUUCUUUUUUAACAGAAUGCUGAAGAGGGUCGCUUACCUCUAUGUCAGAGUCGUUCCCGUCAUCUCCUCACAGAGCCCAACUUUGAGACCGGCCAAGGGUGGUCUGCACAAGCGACAUACCGCAACCGAGUCAGAGGGCACCAAGAAACGAACCAAGUACUGGUUUGGUGACCAAGACGCUGAGUUGGUACCGCCAUUUGAAGACGACGAAGAGCCGGUGGAUGACGGUCUCUACUGGAAUCGCGGAGAGGAUGGCGAUAUCGUACAGUUUUCGGAUGAUGAUAUGGCUGAAGAUGAACCAUUUGAUGAGGAUGACGACUAUGAUGAAGAUGACGACAUGACAAGUACAAGGCGAGAGAGGCUUAUGAGCGAGGAUGUUGCAGGACGAAUGGAGAUUUAA